GAUGUUUUUAAUAUUUAAUGCUGUAUUUUUUUUAACACUUGAUUGGGAGCCGCCCAGAGUGGCUGGGAAAACGCAGCCAGUUGUCCGGGGUAUAAAUAAUAAAUUAUCAUCAUCAUCAUCAUCCCUGGCUGGAGCUGAUGAGAGCUGCUGUCCAUCAACGCCUGGAAGGCGCCAGCAUUAGCCCAGAAAUGGAGAAAGGACAGAGAGCGGCCUGGGCAGAAGUGGAUGCUUGUGUUUGUUCCCCAGCAAGCACCAAGGGACUAGUCCUCAUCGCGCAGCGCCCGGAGUGGAUACGGAGGGCAACCGAGAAGAACCCGGAGAACCAGACGCUGCCUUCCGUGGCUCUCGCGCGUAAAAGCGGGUGGCACCAUGGGUUGGGGGCGUCCAAGCUGGGGCCCUCCCUCCUCUUUUCCAGCCUCUGCCUUGUGGAGCACGCAAAAGAAUCGGUUGCCCCUCUUUGCGCCGCUGGAAAAAUGGGAAGAAUAACACGGCGCAGCAUGUAAGCCUCCGUGCGCGCAGAGGGCGCGCGAGAGAAGGAAGAGGAAGCGGGAAACAGCCGUCAAAGCCUUCUUCCGCUUCCUGCGAGCGAGAAGGAAAAGCUUCGACGGUGAAGCGUGGCUGCGAGGCCGGGAAAAGGGAAGGGAAGCGUUGCGUAUUUGGUGCCGACAGUGAUCAAAGUUCGGUGGAAUCUUCGCCGCUCCAACGUUCUCUUUCCCACGCUCAAUGUUCUCUUUCCCACGCUCAACGUUCCAUCGCGCUGCCUUCUUUCACCAGCGUUCCGUGUCGUCGUUCAGGAUUCGAGUCGCUGAUAUCUUUUUUUCUUUCUAAUAAAAACAACUACUUUCGCUUCCGACGCGGCCUUUCCAGCCGCUGGAUUAUGAGCAGCAGCGAGUCGCCCGACUGUCCGGCGACGUCAGGUAGGAUUGUGCAAAGUCUCUGUGACGAUGGAGCCAGGUGUCCCGUUCACUUAGGGCGUGUCAGUUUAGGAGCUGAAAUUUAAUGUUUGCCUAUUUAUUCAAUGAGGGGGUCUGAAAAACAUGUUUUGGGGCAUGAGGAAUUUAAACCUGUUAUUUUUGUGACAGCAUUUGGCUUGGUAAGGGUACAUUUGAUUAAAAAGCAAACGAACUGCUCUCGGAAUGCCAGAGAAUUUUAAUUUUGUCUUCUGAAAGUGUCAGGUAAUAGAAAAUAUGUACAAUAUAUAAAUAAAAAUAUGUAAUAUAUAAUAUAACUGCCAAGUACUUGCCAUCAUUUUUAAGGCUUUGUAUCCACUAUUGCACACAUUUUAUUUACCAGCAAAAACUUAAGUUACAUUAAUUUAACCAAAGGACCUUUUGAAUUCCCUAGUCACGUUAUAACUUUUUAGCACCCCUCAUUUUUGGAAUAUGGAAGUUGAAAAAUUAAACAGGCCCUACCAACUAGUGCAUUACUGGUUCUGUGGAAAAUACUAAUCGGGAUUUACUGUGCCAAUAUGUACCUUAGUUUACUUUGUUAGCAUAUUGUGCUGUAGGGGCAGAUGGAGCUCAUCAACCUGGAAAGACAGACCAUCUAAUUAUUAUUAUUAUUAUUAUUAUUAUUAUUUAUACCCCGCUCUCCCCAGCCAAGGCCAGGCUCAGGGCGGCUAACAAGCAAUAAUAAAAAGUUGAAUGAAUACAACUUAAAAACAAGAUUAAAAUACAACAAUUAAAAUAUUGAAACAUUUAAAUAUUAAAAUGCAGCCUCAUCACAGGAGGAGAAAGGAAAAAGAAAAAAGAAAAAAGAAGGAGGGGGAGGGAAUCAAAUUAGCUCCAAGCCAAAGGCCAGGCGGAACAGCGCUGUCUUACAGGCCCUGCGGAAAGAAAUCAGGUCCUGCAGGUCCCUGGUCUCGUGAGACAGAGCAUUCCAUCAGGCCGGAGCCAGAGUUGAAAAGGCCCUGGCUCUGGUUGAAGCUAAACAAACUUCCUUAGGGCCCGGGACCACUAGGGUGUUGCUAUUUAUGGACCUUGAGGCUCUCCGUGGGGCAUACCGGGAGAGGCGGUCCCGUAGGUACGAGGGUCCUAGGCUGUGAAGGGCUUUAAAGGUCAAAACCAGCACCUUAAAUCUGACCCUGUACUCCACCGGGAGCCAGUGCAGCUGGAAAAGCUAGGAGAAGGAAAACACAGUGGUGCCCCGCAAGACGAAUGCCUCGCAAGACGAAAAACCCGCUAGACGAAAGGGUUUUCCGUUUUUCGAUGCGUUUCGCAAGAUGAAUUUCCCUAUGGGCUUGCUUCGCAAAACGAAAAAGUCUUGCGAUUUUUUUCGCUCCCCCCCCUUUUUCUAAGCCGCUAAUAGCCUUUUAGCCGCUAAGCCUUUAAUAGCCGCUAAACCGCUAAUAGCGCUAAUCCGCUAAGCCGCUAAUAGGGUUGCUUCGCAAGACGAAAAAACCGCUAGACGAAGAGACUCGCGGAACGGAUUAAUUUCGUCUUGCGAGGCACCACUGCACUUAUCCCAAACCUCCACGGCCUUUUCGGAGAACACAACACAAAUCCAGAGUGGAUUCCCUAAGAUGGUUGGAUGGUGCCUUGUAUGGCUCCCUCUGGCAACUCCUGCAGCCAAGCUGAUUCUGCUUUCCUUUGGACCACAUCAGUGAGGCCAAGAGGGGAGUCUUGUUGUCUGGGCAGCCCAGGACCUCCAUACACACUACCCAGGCUUGAGCUCCUGGGAAGUCAUUUUGGUGGUUUUACUUCAUCUCCUUGCCUCUUGAGACAGACAUACAGAUGCCAACAAUAUUGUGCUGAUUUUGUCUGUUGGGGAAAUCAAUAGGACUUUGUUUGGAUUGUGCUGCAUAUACAAUUAAGGUGUAUUUUUAGAUCCACGAGGUAUGUAAAAUUCCUGCCCUCCCAGGUUGCCUGUUUUUCCCUGUUAAUAUAAGGCAUAAUAAUAAUAUUAUAAUUUAUUAUUUAUACCUCGCCCAUCUGGCUGGGUUUCCCCAGCCACUCUGGGCGGCUCCCAACAGAAUAAUAAUAAUAAUAAAGCAAUAAAACAUCAGACAUUAAAAACUUCCCUAAAGAGGGCUGCCUUCAGAUGUCUUCUAAAAGUCAGGUAGUUGUUUACUGUAUUUCCUUGACAUCUGAUGGGAGGGUGUUCCACAGGGUGGGCGCCACUACCGAGAAGGCCCUCUGCCUGGUUCCCUGUAACUUUGCUUCUCAGCAGUGAGGGAACCGCCAGAAGGCCCUCGCAGCUGGACCUCAGUGUCCGGGCUGAACAAUGGGUGGAGAUGCUCCUUCAGGUAUACCGGGCCAAGGCCGUUUGGGGCUUUAAAGGUCAGCACCAACAUUCUGAAUUGUGCUUGGAAAUGUACUGGGAGCUGUGGCAUUCAUAUGGAGCCCCCGGUCGUCUCACGGACUAUUGACCCGUACACCACUAAUCCGCUGCCACCAACCAGGUCCUCCCUGGUAAAAUCACUUCAGUCUCAGUCAGCUUUUUAAUUAAUAAAGAAGAGUGUAUUUUAUUUCAGACAUAAAACAAAACUUUUACAGCAUACCAAACGGUGUUCCUCUUUACUUUCUUAGUCUUAUGUUCCUCUCUCUAUCUCUGCUACCUCCCCCACACUCAAGGACCAACUGCCCUAACUGUCUCUCUAUUACCAACUGCCUUUCCCAACCAGCCAACCCAUGAAAUCCAACCAACUACCCACCCACAACUCCCAACGAACUCCUCCCAGAACUAGUUUUAUAGACCCACUGACUCCACCCCCUGGGUCCUGUCUGUGCAACCUAUUUAACUAUUUCCCCUCCAGCACUCUCUCAUAUAUGUUACCGUCACAGGAGCCAGUGUAGGUCUUUCAAGACCUGUGUUAUAUGGUGCCGGCAGCCACUCCCAGUCUGCAGUCUAGCUACCGCAUUCUGGAUUAAUUGUAGUUUCCGGGUCACUUUCAAAGGUAGCCCCACACACAUUGCAGUAGUCCAAGCAGGAGAUAACCAGAGUGUGCACCAUUCUGGCAAGACAAUCUGUGGGCAGGUAGGGUCUCAGCCGGCAUACCAGAUGCUGAUUUUGUUUGUUGGAGAAACCAAUGGGACUUCGAAGUGUUUGUUCAGAUUGUACCACAUGUUUCAUUAACCUCUGUUUUUAGAUCCAUGGGCUGUGUAAAAUUCCUCCCCUCCCAGGUUGCCUGUUUUAUUCCUGUUAAUAUAAGGCAUGCCUAAGACCGUUGUGUUAAGCUGAAUUUCAGGCUUUUGCUUAUAUUGGCUAAUCUCUGUUAUGGCGUUUGUGUGUUCUCCUUCCUCUCCAGCCGUGGCGUCGUACACUUGCAUCACUUGCCGCGUGGCUUUCAAGGAUGCUGAUGUCCAGCGUGCCCACUACAAGACCGACUGGCACAGGUACAACCUGAAACGGAAAGUCGCUGAGAUGCCGCCUGUCACUGCUGAGAACUUCCAGGAGAGGGUUCUGGCGCAGAGAGCCGGGCUGGAGGAGCAGAAUAAGGCGACUGCUACCUACUGCACAGCUUGCAGCAAGAGGUUCUCCAACUUCAACGCUUACGAGAACCACCUGAAGUCCAAGAAGCACCUGGAGCUCGAGAAGAAAGCCGUCCAAGCGGUCAGCAAGAAGGUCGAACUCCUGAACGAGAAGAACUUGGAGAAAGGCCUUGCUCAAGAGAACGUCGACAAAGAUGCCAUGAAUGCCGCCAUCCAGCAAGCCAUCAGAGCCCAGCCCUCCUUGUCUCCAAAGAAGGCUCCCGUCUUGCCUGGCGGUGCUGCUGGGUCUUUGGUUGCUGUGGAAAGUAGCAGAGAGCGUGCGGAAAAAGCUCCCCGGCUGCAGUGGUUUGAGGAACAGGCCAAGAAGCUGGCAAGAGAACAAUCGGAGGAAGAAGAGGAGGCUGACGAUAUGGAAGAAGGUAGAGGGGCAAGGGCAGUUUAUUCUGGCAUCAGUCUUUUGGGGAGUUUGGAUGCUUUAGCACAGGAAAAGCCAUCCAGAUCUUCUGGACUACAAUUCCCAUCGUUCCUGGCCAUGUUGGCUGAGGCUGAUGGGAGGUGGUCAACAACAACAUGUGUUUGUGUUGUCUGACCCCUGGUUUAUUAGAAAGUCCCAUUCAUAGGCUUUGUACAGCAGCUACCGUAUUUUUCGCUCGAUAACACGCACCCGACCAUAACACGCACAUAGUUUUUAGAGGAGGAAAACAAGAAAAAAAAUAUUCUAAACGAAACAGUGGAUGUAUGAUUUUUGUGGUUCAUGCUGUGGCCACAGACAUGUGAUCUGACGGUGAGUUUGGGGUAGCCCAGUGCAAAAAUCCUGAGGAUCCAUGUGGAUCCAUGUUUGUAACCACGUUUUUGCACCACUGCGGCCCUAGGCAACAGUGGGUGCGUGAUUUUUUUGGUGCAAAUUGUAGCCUUGGACAUGCUAUGUGAUCUGAUGGUGAAUUUGGGGUGAGCCAGUGCAAAAAUCCUGAGGAUCCAUGUGGAUCUGUGCUUUGUAACCACGUUUUAAGUGGGAAGGGAAGGAAAAGCACUUAAGGGACAAUGUGCAUGUGUGGGGUGGGUGGAGAAGGAUGCUGCUAAUAAUGCAGAAGAGGGGUAUAAGGGGGGAAGGCUCCUCUCCUCUCCCGCUUUGCUCCUUUAAAACAAGCAGGCUCUGCUUCUCUCCCUCACCCUCCCCCCACUUAGCGAGCUGAAAAUCUUUCCUUCUAUUUCCAGCAAAGCGGGAGAAGAGCCGCUGAGUGGGGAGGAGAGAGAUACAGAGAGCCUGCUUGCUUUAAAGGAGCCAAAUGGACAGGAGCCUCUUACACUCGUGUAAGCAGCUCCUCUCCUCUCCCGCUUUGCUCCUUUAAAGAAGCAGGCUCUCUGUCACUCUCUCCUCCCCAUUCAGCGGCUCUUCUCCCACUUUGCUGUUUCAAAGCGAGCCACGGAGGAGGGAAGCAUUCUCUCUGUAACACGCACAGACAUUUCCCCUUACUUUCUAGGAGGAAAAAAAUGCGUGUUAUGGAGUGAAAACUAUGGUAGUUCAAAUCUGCAGUUUCUAUCUAGGCUGAAAAUAUAGAGGAGAUAGGGAGAAUUUGGGCUGCUUGAAUAUUUUUUUAAAAAUUAUUUUAGCAAAAAUUUUAUACGACUUGAUUGUAAGAAAACCCCAAAGCUGGUUACAAAAAUAUAGAGCAAUAAAAUUAUUGAUAACAAUGGUUAAAUACAGGUAUAGAAAAACAUUCCGAAGGAUUGUUAGAAUUGAUAGUAGUUCAAAGGAGGUAAAACAUAAUGUAGCUUCUACAUAUCUCAACAGACUUGCCUAAAGAAAAAUGUGGGGUUUUUUUGCCAAUUAUACGGCCUCCGCCCAGUAUGCCUGAAAGAGCGUCUCCAUCCCCAUCGUUCAGCCCAGACACUGAGGUCCAGCCCUGUGGGUCUUCUACUGGUUCCCUCACUACGAGAAGUGAGGUUACAGGGAAUUAGGCAGAAGGCCUUCUUGGUAGUGGCACCCGCCCUGUGGACUGCCCUCCCGUCAGAUGUCAAGGAAAUAAACAACUAUCUGACUUUUACAAGUCACCUGAAGCCAGCCCUCUUUAGGGAAGUUUUUAAUGUUUGAUGUUUUAUCGUGUUUUUAAUGUUCUGUUGGGGGCCGCCCAUAGUGGCUGGGGAAAUUGUUGUUAUUCUUCUUAUUGAUUUUCCAAAAAAAUUAACCAACUGUCACCAAAUUAAUACAAAAUUAAAGCCUAAACAAAAAAAUUUUUAAGCAGGCACGAAAAAGAAGACAGCACAGUGUUCUUAGGGAGUUUUUUUAGUGUUCGCCUUGAACGCUCAAGCAGCCCAAAUGAUUUUGGGAGCAAUCAAGGGAGUGAUAGACCAUUCAUAAUUAUGAGAUCACUAGCCUGCCGCUUGUAUUGAAUGGUUAACCUGCAUCUUUUGGUCAGCAUGAAAAGAUUCCUCCUAAGCUUUCACUUUCGCUUGGUUUGAAAGGUUGGGAGGAUGUAGACUCAGAUGAAGAUCUGGAGGUCGAAGAAGGACCGAUGGAAGGAAUCCCGGAUGAGGCUGAAGAGAGUGCGUCUGGGAAGGAUCACCCCAGCUCAGACGCGAUCCCAGUAACUGACUGCUUAUUCUGUUCCCACCAUUCAAGCUGUCUCAUGAAGAAUGUGUCCCACAUGACAAAAGUUCACAGUUUCUUUAUUCCAGAUAUAGAAUAUCUUGUGGAUAUCAGAGGUCUGAUUAAGUACUUGGGUAAGUCUUAAGACAUGCCAGCCUCAACUAUCUCAAGCUCUCUUGUUGAUUUUAAGAUGGCAUCCUGUGGCAUUCAUCUCAGUGUUGUUCCUCAGAGUAAAAUACAUAUCAUUUGAAACAGGGUGGAUUUGAUUUAAAUCAAAUUGAUUUAAAUCACUAGUCAGUAAGACUUGAUUUAAAUCAUUAUUUUUUUUUACAGAAAGACUCAUUCUUGCUGGUAUAAUCUUAAUAUUUACAACCAGAUGAAGGUUUCAUUUUUUGAAUAAUAAAUUUUCAGAGUAGUUUUUACAGUUAUAUCAAAAAUUAUGGAUUUGGUUAUACUAUUAGAAAUACAUAGAUAAUUAGGAAAUUAUUGUGAGGUGACCUGAUACAAGGCUAUUAUAUUUGUGGGGGACGCGGGUGGCGCUGUGAUCUAAACCACUGAGCCCCUUGGGCUUGCCGAUUGGAAGGUCGGCAGUUCAAAUCACAGCGACGGGGUGAGCUCCCGUUGCUCUGUCCCAGCUCCUGCCAACCUAGCAGUUCAAAAGCACGCCAGUGCAAGUAGAUAAAUAGGUACUGCUGCAGUGGAAAGGUGAACAGCGUUUUCAUGCGCUCUGGUUUCCGUCACGAUGUCCCGUUGCGCCACAAGCGGUUUAAUCCUGCUGGCCACAUGAUCUGGAAAGCUGUCUGUGGACAAACACUGGCUCCCUUGGCCUGAAAGCGAGAUGAGUACCGCAAACUUAAUUCUAUUGUAACAAACUUAAUUCUACUGUACAAACUUAAUUCUAUUGUAACAAACUUAAUUCUACUGUACAAACAUAAUUCUAUUGUCAAACUUAAUUCUAUUGUGUUUUAUGUUCACUUAGUACGGUAUGCGAAUCUGGUUUGGGACCAUAAUAAAUUUAAUGCAGUCAUGAGCGCCGCAACCCCAUAGUCGCCUUUGACCGGACUUAACCGUCCAGGGGUCCUUUACCCUAUCUCUUUACUAUUUUAUUUGUUUUAUUUAUUUUUGUAUUGACUGUAUAAUGUGAAGCAGGUGUGUGGUCUUCCAGAUGUUGCUAGACUUAAAACUUCCACGGGGUUAAUUGGAUUUGGGAGUUCAGCAACACACAGAUUUCCCAUCCCUGAUGUACAGUAGAACAACAUUUGGGCUGUGGAAUGCUGUGAAGCCACCAAAUACGUUGCGUUAGCAUAAGAUGGGAGAGUACAGUGUGUAUCUUUCUCCUCAUAACCUACAGGAGAGAAGGUUGGCAUUGGGAAGAUUUGCCUGUGGUGCAAUGAGAAGGGGAAAUCCUUCUACACGACGGAAGCUGUGCAGGCCCAUAUGAACGACAAAAGCCACUGCAAGCUCUUCACGGAAGGCGAUGCUGCUCUGGAGUUUGCAGACUUCUAUGACUUCAGGUGGGAAAUGGCAGCGGCCAAAUUUAGACACACAGCAAAUGAAACGUUUCAGUUUUGGCAUUUGCAUUGGUCUAGUAUUGCGCUGGGACGCGGGUGGUGCUGUGGGUUAAGCCACAGAGCCUAGGACUUGCCGAUCAGAAGGUCCGCGGCAGGGUGAGCUCCCGUUGCUCGGUCCCUGCUCCUGCCAACCUAGCAGUUUGAAAGCACGUCAAAGUGCAAGUAGAUAAAUAGGUACCACUCCGACGGGAAGGUAAACAGCGUUUCCGUGCGCUGCUCUGGUUCGCCAGAAGUGGCUUAGUCAUACUGGCCACAUGACCCAAACGCUGUAUGCCGGCUCCCUCAGCAAAUAAAGCAAGAUGAGCGCCACAACCCCAGAGUCGGCCAUGACUGGACCUAAUGGUCAGGGGUCCCUUUACCUUUUCUAGUAUUGUGCUACUCGGGUAACAUACAUAAGCAAGACUCUCGUGGAUGGGCAGAGUAACAUUCUACUUCCCUGCUGCUGCUGCUCCCUAACCAUGGUUGGAUCCUGGCAUUGGAAACAAGUCACUUUAUUCUGCUUGCUCACAAAGUGUUCACUCACUGGAGUGGUGUGGGGCUGUUGUUAAUGUGGAAGCAGCCGCCUUCUCACUUGAGUGCUGACAUGUCUGUUAGCCUCUUGAAAACCAGUGGCUUCCCCAAAAAUCCAUUUGACCUUUCAGAAGUCUGUUUGGCUACAAGCUUGCUUAUACAGUGUUACCUCGGGUUACAUAUGCUUCAGGUUACAGACUCUGCUAACCCAGAAAUAGUGCUUCAGGUUAAGAACUUUGCUUCAGGAUGAGAACAGAAAUUGUGCUCCAGCGGUGCAGCGGCAGCAGGAGGCCCCAUUAGCUAAAUUGGUGCUUCAGGUUAAGAACAGUUUCAGGUUAAGAAUGGACCUCCGAAACGAAUUAAGUAAUUAACCCAAGGUACCACUGUAUGCUCAUGUGAAGCCCAAACAUUUUAUUUCACAAGAAUUUCUGCAGCAGUGGGACAAACGCUUGCUAGACAUUUAGCUGGACAAGCAAGGGUACUGGAUAGCUUUGAUCCUUUGUUGUAGGCAGCGGGGGGGGGGGGGAAUGUACAUCGGAAACAUGUUAAAAGGUAGUCAGUUAAUUUGAGUCCACGGGAUAGGGCUGGUUUUAUACAUUUUGGACAAAUGAUUUCCUGCGCUAGCCAAUAAAGGUGUACCAGCUGAUGGACCAAGAAAUACGGGGCACAAUCUACCAGAAAUCACUUUUGCAUAAGCCCUUUUGAAUCUAAAAUAGAACUUCAAAGCAGGUUGUGCUGCUAAUACUACAUUUUCCCUUCAGCAGGCUGCUCUAAUGCAAAGUGUUUUAUUUUGUAAAAUGUAUAGACUUCUUUUCACCAAAAUAUUUAUUAUGAGGUGGCCAACAUACGUUAUGAGUUGGUGUUCAGUGUUCAAAUCAUAUUUUGGCUUAACUUCAUGUUAUUACAGUACGCCAUUAGGCCAUUUAUUAAGAUGGUAUACUAAGCCAGGAUUUGAUCAUCUGAAUACAACCACUGUUUCCACCUUGCCACUGGUACUUCGUCUCCAGAGAUAACCUUUUAGCUUAAAACCUACAUUCUGUUAAGUUAUUGUUCUAUAGCCCCAUCAUAUGGAUACAGCGUGUUCUUUUACAGCAGACGAGAAUAAUAGUAUAGCCCUGUUUGUUUGUUUGUUUGUUUGUUUGUUUGUUUGUUUGUUGUAUCAAAAUAUAUGCAGCUGUAUCAUAAAUAUAUAUCACAGCAGUUUACAACAACAUAAAAACCAAAAACAAGCAGUAACAUCAUAAAACGUUAAAAGCAAGUUAAAAGCAAAAAGAGCUUUAAAACAGGCAUCCGUAGACCAUUGUGGGUGACAGUCAGCUGGGACUGUACCAUUUUAGGUUAAGGUGAGGGAUUUCAUUCUUGAUUAUCCCCAUAGAAACAAUGCAGACUCCUUGCAUGUAGAAAACUAGUGCAUCACAGUGAGAGCUAUGCUAGAACCUUUCUCCCUGGUAUAAGUACAGGAGUUCUUCUAUUCCUUUUUAAUUUUUUCAAAGGGGAGCAUUGAGAUCUGCGGUCCUCUAGCUCUCAUCUAAAGUGUUGCAAUCCUCUAGCUCUCAUCUAAAACCUCCACGUUUCCUGAUUUUCCUGUGCUUGGCACCUUCCUGUUUUCCUGGUCCUGGUACAGUUAUACUACAUGGCAGUUGUGAAUGAGAAGAUCAGAUUUGGGUGUGUUGAGAAGCCAAGUCUCAUUCGAACGCUAUUCCAGAACCUUGCAGUGGCUUUGGUGUCACAGUUCUGGAGUAUAUGUAGCCGUUUGUGGCAUAUUACUCAAAAGAGACUUUCACCUCCUCCUCAGAAGUUUUAAUGGGUAACCUGUGUACAUCACUUGUUGGUAGCUGGUCUUGAGAUUGAGCUGUUAUUUCUGUUUCAUAGGAGCACUUAUCCUGACUAUCAGGAAGGAGAUGGUGCAGAGAUGUCUGAAGAACUGCCACCAGAGAAGAAUUUGGAUUAUGAUGAUGAUUCAAUGGAGCUGAUUUUACCUUCAGGUAAGUGUAUUCUUGAAAUAUGCCAGGAUCAUCCCAAGUGCACACUUUACAGAUUCAGUAGCAAUUAGUGCAAGUCAGGGUGGGUGGUUCACACAGUUGCCUUCUAAAUGACUUGCCUUGAAGGUGAGCUGUCCCUGCCUUUCCCCAGAAUAUUUAAUAAUAAUACUAAUUUUUUUAUUUAUACCCCACCCAUCUGGCUGGGUUUCCCCAGCUACUAUGGGUGGCUUACAGCAUAUCCAAAAACAUAAAACAUCAAGCAUUAAAAACCUCCGAAUACAGGGCUGCCUUCAGAUGUCUUCUAAAAGUUGUGUAAUUUUUUUAUCUCCUGGACAUCUGAAGGGAGGGCGUUCCACAGGGCGGGUGCCACUACCGAGAAGGCCCUCUGCCUGGUUCCCUGUCACCUCACUUCUCAUAGUGAGGGAACCAGCAGAAGACCCUCUGAGGAGGAUCUCAGUGUCUGGGCUGAACAAUGGGGGUGGAGACGCUCUUUCAGGUAUACUGCGCUGAAGCCGUUUAGGACUUUAAAGGUCAGCACCAACACUUUGAAUAGUGCUCAGAAACAUACUGGGAGCCAGUGAAGACCCUUUAUGAGUAGCGUUAUAUGGUUCCAGUGACCACUCCCAGUCAGCAGUCUGGCUGCCGCAUUCUGAAUUAGUUGUAGUUUCCAGGUCACCUUCAAAGGUAGCCCCACGUAGAGCACAUUGCAGUAGUCCAAGCGGGAGAUAACCAGAGCGUACACCACUCUGGCAAGAGAGUCUGCGGACAGGUAGGGUCUCAGCCUGCAUACCAGAUGGAGCUGGUAGACAGCUGCCCUGGACACAGAAUUGACCUGCGCCUCCAUGGACAGCUGUGAGUCCAAAAUGACUCCCAGGCUGCGCACCUGGACCUUCAGGGGCACAGUUACCCUAUUCAGGACCAGGGAGUCUCCCACACCCACCCGCCCCCUGUACCCCAAAAAACAGUACUUCUGUCUUGUCAGGAUUCAGCCUCAGACUGUUAGCCAUCAUCCAUCUGCCAGCCGCCUCCAGGCACUCACACAGGACCUUCACCACCGUCACUGGUUCUGAUCUGAAGGAGAGGUAGAGCUGGGUAUCAUCCGCAUACCGGUGGACACCCAGCUUUUGUACUGAUGCUAUGACUGCGGUGUGAGCAUGCCUCUGUCCAGGAACCAGCAUCCGUUGGCAGAUUUUGACCCCCCGAAGCAAGUUCCUUGCUCCAUCAGUUGUUGAUCCACUGAUGGUUGUGUUGAUGUGCAUGGAGAAGUCGAGUCUGUUGCAGUGGGAUUAGUCAACAAGAACUUUGUGGGGCAGGGCUGUUGAGGGCCUUUGUAUCUCCUCCAUCCCUAAGAGAAGAGUCUUAAAGAAAAAAGACCUCAGCCCAGUGUGUGCCAUGUUAUUGCAUCUCUGCCUGUGCUCUUGCACUCUGAUCUUAUAAGGCAUACUCAGAAGAAAGUUGUGUUGACUUCAGUGUGGCAGCAUUCAUAGUGAGCACACUGAACGUUGUAGACUUAACGUGCAAUGUUCCAGUCAAGGUCUGAAGGCACAAGCUAUACAGCAGCCUUGGGAAGCCUUAACUUCACUGCCUUAAGUUCCAUGUUGAAAGAAAAGUGGUAUGCAAUUGUACUAAUCAUGAAUAAACGGUUUCUUCCAUUACUUUCAAUGGAGCUAAUACAUGGGGACAAGUCCUGUCAAGCCCAUUUGGUUGACUUGCAGUAGCAAUUGCCUUGCAAAAUUUCCAGGCUUCCGUAAGCUUGCUGGUCAUUUUAGUAUGUGUGUCUUUAAUAUUACGCUGCCUGAGAAAUGGGGAAAUCACUUCCCGGCUUUAAAAAUCUCACAGGAGAGGCCUGCAGGCGUAUGACAACGCAGUUCUGCUGUGAUCCCGGCAGGUCUAGCCUUGAGAUCCACAUUUAUGUCACUCUGAAGGAAGUAUGUGCUUUAAAUGGGAGAGCAAAACAAAGAAUUUGAUUUAAACCAGCAAAGUGGAGUGUGAGGUCUCAGGAUUCUGCCCCUGUUAGAGUUCUCUUUGACUGAUUAAAAUCCUUAUGGGGACAGGAAAGUUCUUUUUUAUAAAAAGAGAAUAAUAAUAAUAUAAUAAUAAAUUUUAUUUAUAUCCCGCCCUCCCCAGCCGAAGCCGGGCUCAGGGCGGCUAACAACAAUAAAACAGUACAAAAGUACAGCACAAACAACACUCUAAAAUCAUUCAUUAUAAAAUUAAUUAAGAAAAGAAAAUCGGUGGUAACAUAUGAUAAAGGUGGGCUGCAAAUGAAAUGAAAUGCUCUCUUUCAGAGCCUUUUGAGUGAUUUCUAGCACAUUAUAGUGCAGCGUCAUCACAUACUGUUGGAAGUGUUGCUGAUGGCAGUGCUAAAAGAGAACACUCUGUGAUCUGUAUGUUCAUUAUCAACACACUUUUGUACAGGUGAUGCCUAGCUCAGUUGAUGAUUUAUUCCUGAAAAUAGAGGUGUGCAGUGUAGAAAAUUUGACCCUCAAGCUUUUAAACCAUGGGUAAGCAAACUAAGGCUUGGGGGCUGGAUCUGGCCCAAUUGCCUUCUAAAUCUGGCCUGUGGAUGGCCGGGAAUCAGCGUGUUUUUACAUGAGUAGAAUGUGUCCUUUUAUUUAAAAUGCAUCUCUGGGUUAUUUGUGGGGCAUAGGAAUUCAUUCAUUUUUUUCCCCCCAAAAUAUACACUGGCCCCCCACAAGGUCUGAGGGACAGUGGACUGGCCCCCUGCUGAAAAACUUUGCUGACUCCAAAUUUAAACCGUUGAUGCAAAUAUUUAAACAUGUAAGCCACUAGAUGGCACUUUCGGGAUUCUAACAUUCCGGUUCCUGGACUCUGCUUGUUUACUAGAGAUUGUUCCCAUGACAAACGUUGUUCGAAGUGGUCAACACAUUCACAUGGGUGUGGAAUACGAUACUUUCUAUUCCAGUAUAUCAGACUUGGGUCGCAGUGUGCAUGUAGGGAACAUAUCCAGUUUGUCAUGAGGUCAGUACAGUGGUACCUCGGAUUACAUACGCUUCAGGUUACAGACUCUGCUAACCCAGAAAUAGUACCUCGGGUUAAGAACUUUGCUUCAGGAUGAGAACAGAAAUUGUGCUCUGGCAGCACGGCGGCAGCAGGAGCCCCUAUUAGCUAAAGUGCUGCUUCAGGUUAAGAACAGUUUCAGGUUAAGAACGGACCUCCGGAACGAAUUAAGUACUUAACCCGAGGUACCACUGUAUUACAACAUAGCCACCUGCCCUCUUUUCAAGAGAGACACACUGGAAGUCUCUGAUUGUUCAAGAGCUCCCCUCUUCUUGUUUUUUUCUUUAAAAAAAGAUAUUUAUUGAAAUUUUCAAAGUGUUACAAAAAAUAAAAAAAUAAAAUAGAAGCAGAAGAAAGUACAAAUAAAAAUAGUUGACAAAGUAGAAAAAGAAAAAAGAAAAAACACAAACCCCUUCCCACCAUAUAAGUAAAAAUUCAAAAUAAAAAAAAAGUGACAGAAAAAAAGAAAAAUACAAAAAUACAUCACAAACCGUUAAAAACAUUUAAAAACAAAUUCAUUAUUUUCAAAUCCUUAACUGUCAUUGCCUUCUUUCUUAGACCUCCUCCUCCUCCCUUUCUUUGUAUCCUAGUUAUUAAUUAUCCCAGCAAAUCCUUUCCAUGUUUCAUAAUAUUCUGUCAUUACAUUAGCCUAAACUGUUUUCAAAGCUCCCCUCUUCUUGUUUCAGCCAGUUAGUUCUUUGUGUUCUUUCACCUCCCCAGAUACACAGACACACAUAUCCAUGAUGAUCUUGUGCUCUUUUUGCUUUGGGGUAGCUCUGAACUAUAUGCUCUGUUAAGAAUAAUUUGCCAGGGGAGAAUUUUGACCAAGCAUUACUGUUGAGGGCUAUGUUUCUAAUGCUGUGGCCGAUUCAGCGAAUACAGUUUUAGUUCUUGCAAGGCGUUAGCUCUUAAUUUUGCUGCUAGGGUUUUACAAAAAUGAUAACUAGUAAACAGAGCAACAUGAAGAAGUGGCAUUGAAAAUACAUUAGAGCACAGGGUGGAUUUGAUUUAAAUCAAAUUGAUUUAAAUCAUUUUUUUACAGAAAGAUUCAUUCUUGCUGGUAUAAUCUUAAUAUUUACAACCAGAUGAAGGUUUCAUUUUUGGAAGAAUAUUUUUUUUACAGUUGUAUCAAAAAUUACUGAUUUGGUUAUACUAUUAGAAAUACAUAGACCGAUGAUCAUGGAAUUUUUGUGAGGUUUAGUAAGUUAGCUGUUUAUAUUUGGACAACUUUUCUGCUGUACUUUAUUGGAAGGAGAAAAAUAAUCAUUUCGUUAAUAAUAAUUUAAACAGUUUAUUUAACUAAAACAAUAACAUUAUAGCAAAUGGAUCCAUGUUUGUUAACUGAUGUGGUUAAACAUUUUUUUAAAUAAAAACCCCCACUUAGACUGAGUUUUAGCACACAUGAAAUUCUUUUUUCCUGAUGACUAGCCUUUGGACUAUAAGGUAACUUAAAUAGAAAACUAUCUUUAGAAAUAUUUUUCCUCCAAAAUAUUUUUUUAAAAAAAACAAUUUAAAUAAAAAAAAUCCAAUUUAAUUUUUUUAAAAUCCAUAUUUUUUUUGAAAAAAAUCAUUGAUUUUUAUCCACCCUGAUAGAGCAUCACUUAACCAAAACUGAAGAGAAGAAAAGCCUAAGAGAGAGGGAAAGAGUCUUGAUUAGCCAUUUCCCCUAUUUGUUGCAUGUAGUCUGCUAUGGCAGUACGUAAAGAAAGGGGGCGCUGUGGGUUAAACCACAGAGCCUAGGACUUGCCGAUCAGAAGGUCGGCGGUUCGAAUCCCCGCAACGGGGUGAGCUCCCAUUGCUCGGUCCCUGCUCCUGCCAACCUACCAGUUCAAAAGCACGUCAAAGUGCAAGUAGAUAAAUAGGUACCGCUCCGGCGGGAAGGUAAACUGCGUUUCCGUGCGCUGCUCUGGUUCGCCAGAAGCGGCUUAGUCAUGCUGGCCACAUGACCCGGAAGCUGUACGCCGGCUCCCUCGGCCAGUAAAGCGAGAUGAGCGCCGCAACCCCAGAGUCGGUCACGACUGGACCUGAUGGUCAGGGGUCCCUUGACCUUUACCUAGUCUGCUAUGGCAGUACGUAAAGAAAGGGGUGUUCAACUCCCCACCCUCAAAUGUGUGAAAUCCUUAGUGAAGUUCUGAAGAGCCAUCGCAACUCACUGCAAUGGGAUGAAAUUCUGAAGUUCUCAUAAUGAAGUGAGAACCACAUUCUUAGCAUUGUUGGGAACUGUUUUGGGAACAAGGGGGGGUCAUGUUAUCCCAGUGGAAAUCUGUCGGGGGCUGCAUUCCAAUAGUGGGUGAGGCCACGCGCAAUCAUUAAACACACACACAGCUGUUUCCUAUGGAAAUAGAGGCAUAUAUUUAAUUUUUAGUAACUGCCCUUGAGCUUCGCUGUCCAUUUUCUCUGUGGAUAGUUUUUUCCAAGCUGUGUAAAAGGGUGUUGAGACUUUUUUUCUAAAAAUCUAUCCUGCCUAUGCAGAAAGCGAAAGACUUUGCAAAACCCGCAGAAGAAUGCAGAUUAUAAGCAGAACUGCAAGCUUUGUCUAAUAUUUUGCAAUUGUUUAUGUGCUGUAAGGUGCCCAGAGUGUCUGGGGAAACCCAGCCAGAUGAGUGGGGUAUAAAUAAUAAAAAAUAUUAUUAUUAUUAUUAUUAUUAUUAUUAUUAUUACUACUACUACUAAACAUUUGUAUCCUAAAACUUUCAUGCAGGCAUGCAGCUACAAAAUACAUGGAUAAUGUUUUGCAUAUUUGCAAGGAGUACAAGUCUGUCUCUCCCUGCUCAGACAUUUCCCUCUCUACCAUGAUAUUCUCGCAGCAGAACCGUUUGCAGAGGAAGGAGCUGCAAUUGCAUGCUUUACACAUCAUCAAAAACCCGUUUUACCUUCUCCAUGCUGAACAGCCGGUGGCUGGAUUGUAGGUCUCCUCACCCAUCCCUGAUUUAAGGAAAUAAAAGAUAGGUCUUUCUGUGGAAUUGGGUGUUUUCUAUACACCCAUAGUUUGUUGGUGCUAGAGAUGUUCAGGUUUGCCUUGUGCCUAAGUAAGUAUUAUAGACAACCAGGGUCUGCCGUAUCCCAUGUUGAGUUCUUCUUACCUGGAUUUUACAGUGGUACCUCAGUUUUCAAAUGUCUCCGUUGACGAAUGUUUCAGUUUUCAAACGCCGUAAACCCUGAAGUAAAAGCUUAACUUUCUGAACAAGCCUCGGAAGUUGAACAUGCCACAUGGCUUCCAUAUUGAGGCUUUUGAACGUUUCGGAACCCGGAACGGUCUUCCGGAAUGGAUUGCGUUCAAAAACUGAAGUACCACUGUACAUCAUUUAGUCUUGUUUGGUAUAGUAAGCUGCCCCUUGCAGAUCUUGCAAAUUGGAAAGGUAUGAAAGAAAUCUCUACGUGUUCUUUACAUAAUAUGUUAUUUACAGUUACUUCUACCCUAAAUGGCAUUGUCUACCCUCCCUUAUGGCAGUGGUUCCCAGUUAGCUAAGUACUAUGGACUCCCUGUUUUUCAGAAGCCAAGCCAUGGACCCACUACUUUUGAAAACGUUGAUAUCUCUAUGGUAGUUUUUGUUAUGUCAAUGGUUUCACGGAUCCCCACUUCCUUAUGGGAUUCUGAGUUUCACGGUGUGGCAAAUGAUAUCCCCACUUUCCAGUUUACCUUUGUUUUAAAAGCUACUCUGUUGCUUUAAUAUUCACAUUUCCUUCUUACAAAGGUGCCCGGAUCGGUCACCGUUCAUUGAUGAGAUACUAUAAGCAGCGGUUUGGUUCCUCAAGAGCUGUGGCUGUUUCUAAAAAUAAACAUGCUGUGGGCAGAGUAUUGCAGCAAUAUAAAGCUCUGGGAUGGACAAGCAGCACAGGUAAGCAAACAGCAUUAGGGUGUUAUAUCCAUACAGUUACUAGCCAUUGUCCUUGAGAGGCAUCUCUUUCAGCCAUAAGAAGGGACAUUUUCCUGGAAGUCGCCAAUUAUAGUAGCUGCCUGCUAUUCUGAACUAGUUGGUAUACCUUUUAGAAGAGCUGGUGUCUCUUAAUUCCAUGUAUGUAGCAUCUGUCUAGAGCUUUUUUCAAAGAGGGCCAGAUUUGAUGAAGUGAACAUGUGUGAGGGCCAUAGCUGUCAACUUACAGAUUUGAAAAUAAGGGACCAGCAGCCUCGAGAAUAAGGGAUCAGCAGCCAUAAUAAGGGAUUUUCCAAGCACAGGUAUGUUCAACUUCUGAGCCCCUCCAAGCCAAAGGCAGAAAGCCCAGCCAGCAGCCAAACGAAGCCUCAAGCGGUGGUUCCCACAGCGCAGCAACCCGGCAAAGGGGAUGCAGCAAGGAAAACCACCGUCAACUCUCCGCUGAGAAGCGCUGAGCAAAGGCGAGUCCCCAGGCAACGCGGCCGAUUUGAUCGGCACAAGGCAUGCAAGCUCCACCCCCAAGUCAUUCUUAGACUCCUUAUUGGGUGAGCAACGCAGCCAAGCAACACAGUUGGAGCCUCCUUCCUCCCUGGCCGGCAGGGAGGGACGGAGAGGAGCUGCUUCCUUUGAAACCCAGGAAAUUUAAGGGACAUCAUUAAUAAGGGACAGCAGCAGGACACAGCGCUGGGAUAAGGGACUUUCCCGCCAAAUAAGGGACGGUUGACAGCUAUGGUGAGGGCCAGCCAAAGAUAUUGAACUUUUUUUAGGAUUGAAGUUGUUGAGCUUUUGGUGGGAUUUUACCCCAGGAAAUAAACUGCUAUACAAUUUUACCCCAAAGUUGUUGAGGAUUAAAGUUUUACCCCAGGAAAUUGACUGCCCUCGAAACGGACUUUGGACAUGCCUGGGCUAGGCAUUCUGUUACUUCCCUCUGCACCCAGUUGUGUUUUGUGUGUGUGUGUGUGUGUGUGUGUGUGUGUGUGUGUGUAUAUGUAUGUAUAUGUAUGCAUCUAUGUAUAUGUAUGCAUCUAUUUAUUCUUUGGGAAUUUUUAGAGGUUUCUGGAUAACUGCUUUUAGAAACAGAAUGCUGGGCUAGAUUUAACUGGUUGCCAAAUUUAGGCAUGCUUCCUGGGCCCAAAUUCAACACAUCUCCCAACAUCAACUGCAUUUUAUGUAGGAAACCGCUAGACCUGUGCAGACAUCAUUGUAGGACUGGGUGCUUCUAUUCAUCGUAAAAGUUGCUUUGCCUUCAGGUUGAGUGUUGAAUGUUGGAAGGUGCAGUUGGAUGGCACUGUGGUUUAAACCACUGAGCCCCUUGGGCUUGCCGAUCAGAAGGUCAGCGGUUCGAAUCCCCAUGACGGAGUGAGCUCCCAUUGCUCUGUUCCGGCUCCUGGCAACCUAGCACUUUGAAAGCACGCCAGUGCAAGUAGAUAAAUGGGUACCGCUGCGGCAGAAAGGUAAACAGUGUAUCUGUGCACUCUAACUUCCGCCACAGUGUCCCGUUGCACCAGAAGCGGUUUAGUCAUGCUGGCCACAUGACCCGGAAAGCUGUCUGCCUGAAAGCAAGAUGAGCACCGCAACCCCAUAGUCGCCUUUGACUGGACUUAACCGUCCAGGGGUCCUUUACCUUUCACCUUGAAUGUUGGUUCUUUCUCCAUAACUUCAGGAGCAGCACUGGCUCGUGAGCGUGACAUGCAGUACCUUCAGAGGAUGAAGGCCAAGUGGAUGCUGAAGACCAGCAUGCAGAAUAAUGCUACAAAGCAGAUGCACUUCCGCGCGCAAGUCAGGUUCUGAAAGUGCCCAGCGAUAAGCAUGACUAGCCUGAGCUUGCCUCGUUCUUUCUGCAGUACUGUGGAAGGAAGAUCCAGUCGCAGAGAAGAGUGGUACUGCCUGCUGCUAUUUCAGCAUGUUUCCCAAGGAGAUCUCAGCCCGGUGUAACUGGCUGUCAGACUUCAAAUCAAUAAAGCCUAUGCAUAAGAAAGCAUGUUUUGCUG